GUGCUGAGCAGCUUCCGGUGGCGGUCAGCGCGCCUGCUCCGCCAGUUACCUUGCUGAGGCCAGGGUCGCCCUGGCAACCAGCUGCCCAGUCAGUCAGCUCCAUCUCUGCAGGGUGCCGUGGGAGCCAUGGCGGUCAGGAAAGCCCUGAUCAUCUUGGCCCACUCGGAGAGGACAUCCUUCAACUAUGCCAUGAAGGAGGCAGCCGUGGAGGUCUUGAAGCGGAAGGGAUGGGAGGUGGCUGAGUCGGACCUUUACGCCAUGAACUUCAAUCCUAUCAUUUCCAGGAAGGACAUUACAGGAAAGCUGAAGGACCCUGAGAACUUUCAGUACACUACCGAGUCUGUUCUGGCCUAUAAGGAAGGACGGCUGAGCCCGGACAUAGUGGCUGAGCAGAAGAAGGUGGAAGCUGCAGACCUGGUGAUAUUUCAGUUCCCAUUGCAAUGGUUUGGCAUCCCUGCCAUUCUGAAAGGCUGGUUUGAGCGUGUGCUCAUUGGGGAGUUUGCCUACUCAUAUGCUGCCAUGUAUGACAAGGGACCCUUCCAGAACAAGAAGACCCUGCUCUCCAUCACCACAGGUGGCAGUGGCUCCAUGUACUCUCCCCAGGGUGUCCACGGCGACAUGAAUAUCCUUCUCUGGCCAAUUCAGAGUGGCAUGUUGCAUUUCUGUGGAUUUCAAGUCUUAGAACCUCAACUGACAUACGGCAUUGGGCACACUCCAGAGGAUGCCCGAAUUCAGAUCCUAGAAGGAUGGAAGAAACGCUUGGAGAGCAUUUGGGAUGAGACACCACUCUAUUUUCCUCCAAGCAGCCUUUUUGACCUAAAUUUCCAGGCAGGGUUCUUAAUGAAAAAAGAAGUGCAGGAUGAGCAGAAAAACAAGACGGUUGGCCUUUCUGUGGGCCAUCACUUGGGCAAGCCCAUCCCGACUGACAACCAGAUCAAAGCGAGAAAGUAAGAUUCACAAGACUUGAUUUCUCCUUAACAUAUAAAAUCAAGGGCUACUCUUUCAGGCUUUAGCAAUUGAAGAUUUGGAGUUUUUCUAUUCCAUAUUAAUGAGUAGGAGAGAUACUCUAUAUAUUUUGCAGUUUCAUUACUAAAUGAAAUCAUUACAAUUAUUAUCAUGACAUAUACACAAAAUCUGAUUAGGCUCAAGAGGCUAUUUAUAUUAGGUAUACAAGGAUACUAGAAAAUAUUCUUCAAGGUUAUCUAUACAGUUGGCUUUAAAAAAAAUUUAUCAAAAUUUAUUUGAGAGGUGGUAUAGGAAAUGUACCUGCUGAUUCAAUUUCUACAUGCCUCACCAGCCAGGACUGGGCCAGGCUGACACCUGAAGCUGGGAACUCAACCCAGGUCUCUCAAGGUGGUGGAGAUCCAAGAAGCUGAGUAAUUACCACUUGCUACCUCCUGGCAUAUGUACUGGUAGGAAGCUAUAGUCAAGUCAGGGGCUAGGCAACUGAACCAGGUACUCCAACACAAAAUGCUUUGGAGUCCUCCUUUUUAGGGCUAAGUUUUUAGGUCUAACUUUGACUAGGCAGCAUCGAAUUCUCCAAAUGAUCUGUUUUAAUUACCUCUCUGGGGUUUAUGGCAGAAGGGAAUUGGUCAAAGAAAUGAAUCCGUCAGACCUAAGGGACUUGUUUAGUUGUUAGUAUAUCUAAUGUUUUGUUUCUGAUAUAUAUUUGUUUCAAUUACUACAGUGAAUCUUACUAAUAAACCUAAUAUAUU